GAUUUCUGCCUGCUUAAAAAGACAAAAUGCAAUAUAGAGCAAGCAGACAUCCUCCGCAGUAAGAAAUAUGCACAGAAAGUUCAGUCAGUUUCCACAAGAGUGUGCAGACGAAGGGAACCGGAGGAACCAAAUUACAGACCAGUUAUUAUAGCUUUCAAUUUACUGUGCCCUCCAUGAACUCAGAUGGCAUCUUAGAAUGUUUCCAGAACUAAAAAGACUGCAGCUUUUAACAACAUUUUAUCUCCCUGGUAUUUCACAAUGUCUUGCACCGAUCUACAAUGUAACUCGCCGUGAAUCAGGAUUCAUUAGCAUAACAGGGGAGGAUUUCUUGGAGGUUACAAAUAAUGCAGAUCACCAGCAGGCUGACUGGGUGGGAAUCCAUGAAAGAAUCUGUCAGAUGCUUGUUCCCAUACGUACUAUGAAAGAUAUGUACGAUCCGUCCGUCCGCAAGAAAAACCAGUUAAGAAAGAGACAUCUGAUCAAGAUUUGCACGUUGGUGGCUCAAAGCAAGCUGUCAGAGGGUAAAGGUGAAGAGGCACUUCCUGCUGCCCACUGCUGCCUGCAAACCUCCAUUGACCUAUACGGUCCCAAUACCAUCCAGCUCGUCCCUGCCUAUAUACUGUUGGCGGAGGCCAACAUGGGCCUGGGCAACUUAGCUGUUGUCGCAGAGCUCCUGUCCCAGGCUGAGUGGGCUGUACUGAAGAAUCCAGAAUUGGGCGCUUCAAUCCAACAACAGCUACAUAGGAGCCUGGGCCAAUUCUAUACAACAACUGGAAACCUGGAAACUGCCCUGUUUCACUUUGCAAAUGAUAUUUACUUUGCCUGUGAGGAGUAUGGUUUAGACAGCUCUGCCACCACAAAGGGAUACUUUCUAAUCGCUGAUGUGUUUGCCAGACAGGGGAAGACGCUCAUUGUUCACUCCCUGUACUCUGAGGUGGCAGAAAGGUGGCACAAACAUCUAAGCAGUCUACUAGAGACCCACCAGAAACAUGCUGACUCAUCUGUUGACUCAUCUGUUUCCUUUUACGAAAAGUCCCAGCGAGUUGAAAUGGAGGAAAUGCUGAGAGUCAUGUUGGAGUUCGAACAAAAACAGUCCAGAAGAGACGUCAAUCAUAUUGCACUUAUUGCCCACAACCUCGCCAUGUUGUGGUUCAUCAACGGAGACCUUCACAAGGCUCAGGAUUUUGCCAGCACAGCCCUGCAGGCCAGCCUGCAGAUACCAAAACAUAAACUGACAGAACCCAUCCAGGAGCUGCUGCAGCAGGUGGAGAGUCUGCAGACCGAGCCACAACCUGGUUUUGCUUAGCCAACACUCCUGCCCUGCCUGCUUUAUUCUUCUCCAAGAUCUGCUCCGUCUGUGUUUAGCCUCACCAUUCGUUCACGUGUGGAUACAGAAAACAGCUAACAAAUAAAAUUAUUCAUGCAGUUAU